AGCACUGUACACGUGCAUAUUGCGUUCACACGCUGGCUUGUUGGGGAGAAACGUUGUUGCCUGGCUCGAUCUGUCGCUUUUUUCCACACAUUUUUGGAAAGUUUUGAUUGAAAUAUAUAUAUCUAUAACGUUUGCUGUCCGUGAAGAAAAAAGGAAAUGAUGUCCAGGCUGUUAUAUCGUGUUGCUGCUCGUCAGUUGAGUACUGCCACCAAACCCUUUCCAGCAGGAGUAGCUGAGAGUAGUCCUGCUUCAGCAUGGGGAGGCAACCUGAAGCUCAAGGAUACCGAUCCAGAAGUACUAGACAUCAUUGCAGAGGAGAAGGAUAGGCAACUCAGAGGACUUGAACUCGUAGCCUCAGAGAAUUUUACGAGUUCAUCAGUUAUGGAUUGUCUUGGAACAUGCCUUACAAACAAAUACUCUGAGGGAUACCCAUUCAGGAGGUACUAUGGAGGUACGCAGGUUAUUGACAAGCUGGAAACUCUUUGUCAAGAGAGGGCGCUAGAUCUGUUUGACCUUGACCCAGAGAAGUGGGGUGUGAAUGUCCAGCCAUACUCCGGUUCACCGGCUAACUUUGCAGUGUAUACUGGUCUUCUCAAGCCUCAUGACAGGGUUAUGGGAUUGGAUCUCCCCCAUGGUGGACAUUUAACCCAUGGAUUCAUGACUCCCAACAAGCGUGUGUCUGCAACUUCCAUCUACUUUGAGUCAAUGCCAUACAGGCUCAAUGAGGAGACUGGUCUGAUUGACUAUGAAAAGCUUGGUGAGUCAGCAAGGAUGUUCAGACCAAAGCUCAUAAUUGCUGGCUACUCAGCUUACCCAAGGAAGCUGGACUAUGCUCGUUUUAGAAAUAUCUGUGAUGAGGUCAAUUCAUACUUGCUGUCUGACAUGGCCCAUAUUGCUGGUCUGGUUGCAGCUAAGAAGUUCCCCUCACCAUUUGAACAUUCAGAUGUUGUAACCACCACUACUCACAAGACCCUACGAGGACCAAGGUCUGGAAUAAUCUUCUACCGUGUCGGUAAGAAGGGUGUUCAUCCAAAGACUGGUAAAGACAUCAUGUAUGACUUCAAAUCCAGGAUUGAUGAAGCCCUGUUUCCCGGAUUACAGGGUGGUCCUCACAACCCCCAGAUUGCAGGAGUAGCCACUGCCUUGAAACAGGCAAAUAGUCCCAUGUUUAGAGAGUAUCAAGAGCAAGUCCUGAAGAACUGCAAUGCCCUUGCAAAUAGGCUCAUGGACAAAGGAUAUACUCUUAUUACAGGUGGCACUGAAAAUCACUUGGUAUUGGUUGACCUUCGACCAAUGGGUGGUGAUGGCACAAGAACCACUCUGGUUUUAGAUGAGGUUUCCAUUACCCUCAACAAGAACACCUGUCCAGGAGACACCAAUGCCUUCAACCCUGGUGGUGUUAGGAUAGGAGCCCCAGCUAUGACGUCUAGGGGAUUCGAUGAAGCUGACUUUGUUAAGUGUGCAGACCUAGUCGAUGAAGGCGUGCAACUCUCUCUUGAAAUUUCAGGGAAAGUUGGCAAGAAGCUGAAAGACUUCAAGGAAUGUCUCGCCAAUGACCCAGAAAUUGUAGGCAAAAUCAAGGACCUGAGGAAUAGGGUAGAAAGCUACGCCCGUCAGUUCCCCAUGCCAGGUUAUUAAACACACUUGAAGCAAGACCACUUCUGGAUGAUCGAAUUGCCUUGGAUUUUUAAAAAAAAGAUUGCAAUACCUACUUCAUGUUUUAAGUUUCAUUUCUAUAAACACAUUACAUAUCAAAACUUCUAGAAACGACAUUGAAAUAUUGUCAUUACUCAUUAUCAUUCACUACAUUAUGCAUUUAAAAUAUUCCAAAUUAUGUGGAAGUGAGAUUUCAUAUGAAAUCUAUGAAGAUAUCAGUUUGUAAAGAUAACUCCCUGAUGAUAUCCUUAUCACAUAAUGUGGUAAGGAUAGUAAGAUUUGUGUUCUUUUAUUUUUGGAGAGAGAGAAUAUGAAUCUAUUGGACUUGGGUUUGCAAUAGUCAGAUAUGUAAUGAAAACAUAUCUUAAUCUCAUUUCCAUACUAAGCACUCUAUGAGUAAAAGAGAAUCACUCCUUGAUAUUCUACUCUAGGGAGGUUUUAUGUGAUAUGGAGAUUGAUCUUGCAAUAAUCAACAUCAAAUCUAGAUCGUACAGUAUUCCAUAGACUGGUAUCAUAACCGACAUAGAACUAUGUGGCCUUUUCGGUGCAAAGUACAAGGGUCACUAGCAGAAAUCUAAUUCAUUAUGUAUCUUUACGAGCAGGUAUAAUGAUGGGUGAACCAUUACAUUGUGUGUGUGUUUGUACAGAAAUUCAGCAUUAAUUUGUGUUAUGUAAAUAGGGAUAGCCCUUAAACACAUUUUCAUCCAUGAGGAUUGGUAUGUAUUUAGCUAUUCAACACCAACAUAUGUGCCAGUCGUAUAAAUGAAGUGUAAAGAGUCUCAAGUCCAUGGUGUUGUUUCCUCCAAAAGCAAUCUCUCAUUGGGAUUUUUUAUUUAAAUUAAUGAGGUAAGUCAUAGUUAAGUAUUUCCCAUAAUUUUCAGUGGUUAUUAACAAACAAAAAUUGAAAUUCUCCCCCGUCCCCAUCAGUUUAAAAUUUUAAUUACACAGUUAAUUCAUAAAAAGGUACCUUAUAUUAUCCUUUGGUAAUUUAUACUUUUUAUCAAAUUUAUCCAUGUGAAACUUCAACAUUUUAGAGUUUUUAUUACCCAAUUCAUAAUUUUUACCUUUUAAAAACUCCAUAUUGAACAAGCCCAUUAGCUGUUGUUACUUCGAUAGUAUAGUCAUCAUAUUGUAUAUUUCAAUCAUGUUUACUGAAUUCAUUUUUUUAAAGUGUCCAUUCAUGCGUCAUUGUUCCAUUGUAUUGAGGUCUACUUUCUACUUCAUUUGCCUUAUGAAUGAAAUGUUAUUUAUUAGCUGGUAGAUCUGUAGCAGUAGAGAAGUAUGUCAGAUGUAGAAAUAUAUAUUGCUAUUUUCAAAGAAAGAAAUACAAAAUCAAUGUGUCAAAACACACAUAUAUUUUUCAAUUUCCCCAAAAUUUAUUUUGAUAGCCAUUUAAACCAAAUAAUUACUUGCUUUUUGUAUUUACAAGUAUUUUCUGCUUUCCUGUAUCAUAUGUUUCUUUUUCUAGCCACAUUUAUCCUUUUAGAUUGUAUUCAUGCUUCUUUGUGACCUACCUUUAGUUAUUUCUGGCAUUGCUAAAGCUUAAGACAUGGUUCUCGCUGUACUUUUACCAGCUACUGGUCCAAGUUUUAUUUAUUUCCCUUUAAAAGUAUGUUUCCAUUCAGAACUGAUUAUGCAGCUUCUUUAUAAUUCGAAUAUAAUGGUCUAUAGAUAUCAAAGUUUAUUGUAAUUGAUAAAUUAAUUCAUAUUGUAUUCUUCAUAAAGCACACUUAUUGCUGUUUGAGAAUAUGUUUUCACAAGACACAAUGCCCAUGUUAGAGGCUGAAGGUGAGACAUUAGAGAAAAUGGUCCAUUGUAAUGACUCAAGUAAAUGAUGAUAUAUUAAGUGUAAAAGUAUAUGUUUUUACCUAUUGGGUUUUGUAGUCACCAUUCAAAGAAGAGGAAUUUAAAUUAUAUACAUGUAUUAAUAUACUAUAAAUGAUCCUUUUUAGUGUUUUUGCCAACCAUUUUGAUCCUAUCAUGUGCAAUCAAUUUGAUUUUUAAAAGACCUCAAGAGAUAAAAGCAAGUCUUUAAGCAUUUUCUCCCCAUUUCUUGAUUAUUUUCAAAUUUUUUAGCCAUCUAUAGUUUCUGAAACAUGAAGGAUAGUUUAUAUAUUACUUUAAAAAAAAUCUGAAUAUUCUGCACUCUUCUUUGAACACUUAAUUUCAGUAAUGUUGAAAAAAAUUAUACAAAAGUACAUAAAUGCCAUUUGUACUUAACUGUAUUAAGAGCUUAUGGUCUCAAAAUGUGAUAUAUAUUGCUUAUCAAAGAUAUUUUCACUGACCCCAACUGUAUCACACGCUUUGACCAAAGUUGGAUGGCAUAUAUUUCUGCAUUCCAAUGUCAUGAUAAACACUAUUUUAGAUCAGCCUUUGAAGUAUUGUUCAUGGAUUCUUAUAUAGACUUGAGUUUUAUAAUGAAAUUACUUUUUCUCUUUUAUUUUAUUUAUGUAUUAUUUUUAUUGGGGUGGGGGGUGAUUACCAGUUACUUGUUUUUGUUUGUAUUUUCACUUUUGACUGUAUGGACAUUAAGUUACAUUUUUACACUGUCUUAUCAAUUAGUCCUCAUAUUAAAGCUUUUGCACUUGCCAGUUCCAUCAUUUUCAGCUUUAAGUAUAUUGAUUUAAACACCCGGUCUGACAGUCAAGCGUGACUAAAAUCACUGGCUCUUGCAUGAUUUAAGUAUCAAAUUAGUAAUCAUUUUUUUAUACUUUAACUGGCAGUACUUGAUCAAUUAUUCUCCAGAUUAUAUGUACAAGAUAUUUUUGUAGAUGAUUGGUGGAUUUUAGAUCUGUAUUGUACCAUAGAUAAUAUAACUUGUAUUUAUUGUCAAGUGGAGGGCAAGUUAUUGUUUGAUCAUUUGAGAAUAGCUAAUGCAUCAAAAAAUGCAUCAUUUUAACCCUACUGUAUGUCUUGAAGAGUAUUGUGGUGAAGGUUAUCCCAAGUAGCAUUAUUUGUAAAUAUUUUACUGUAGUGUGUGUAAUGACACUCCUUGGGUUCCAUAUCAUACAAAGUUUCAAUGAUAGAAACUUGCUGAAAUGUCAGCUUUCAUUGAAGGAGCCAAUCAGGAAACAGACUUUUCACUGUUGUCAUGGUAGUUGACAUUCCAGCAAGAGUUACUAUUAACUUUUCAUGAAAUGGGGCCCUGUACAUUUUCCAUGGAUAGCAUAUAUUGUAAUAGUAAUGCCAACAUUGGUUAACCCCUUAUAAUAUUUGUUUUUGAAUUAUGCGUUCCACAGUCGACAGAGAAGAACUUCAAAUAAAUGACACAAUACAAA